AUGUCUGACGACUGGGACUCCGCCACCAAGAUUGGUAGCCGCGUUCGUGGAAACGGCGCUGGUGUCGCUCGUGAGACAGUUGUCAAGGGCAGUGCUCUGAAUGCUGCCAAGCGUGCUGGUGCCGCCAUUUCCACCGAGAAGAAAUACGCCUCAGCCAAUGCCUCCAGCGGCGGUGCCGAAGGCCAGCGACUCACCAAGGUCGACCGUAGCGAUGAGAUCAUCAAGCCCAACACCGUCGGCAAGCGUGUUGGCGACGUCAUCUCCCAGGCACGUCAGGCCAUGGAACCCAAGAUGACCCAGAAGGACCUCGCCACCAAGUGCAACACCACACAGUCCAUCGUUGCCGACCUCGAGCGCGGCAGCGGUGCCCCCGACCAGAAGGUUCUGGGCAACAUGGAGCGUAUUCUGAACGUCAAGCUCCGUGGUGCUGACAUUGGCAGCCCCAAGUUCCCCAACAAGAAGAAAUAA